AUGUUUUCCGGCAGGGAGAAUCCGAGGGGAACGGCGGCUGUGAAUUUGGAGAAUCUUUUCGCCCAGAUCUUCGAGAGGAAGAAGCGAAUCGUCGAGCAGGUGAAGCAACAAGUAGAUCUCCAUGAACAGCAUUUAGCCUCCAAAUGCCUACUUGAAGGAGUCUCUCCUCCGUCGUGGCUCUGGUCUCCGUCUCUACCUUCGCAAACUUCCGAGCUAAAUAAGGAGGAGAUUAUCUCAGGGCUCCUAUUUCCUCAACAAUCAAGACCUUCCUUCAUUUGUCCUAGUAAUCGUACCUUUUCAUACCAAAAGCCUGUCAGUUUUCUAGCUGGCAAUUUAGCAAGGCAAGACCUGACAUCUGUGGCAAAUAACCCUUUAGAAGAGCAGUUUCUUGAAGAAGAAGAACAACAAGACAUCUCACACAACUUAGUCAGACGCGUUUCGAAUCAUUCUCACGAGCAGGAUGCUAACGCUGCAUCUUCCAGAGAUGUCCAUGGAGAGGAGGGACUGCCAGAAAGUAUCUCAAUCGGUUGUAGAGAGAAUCAAAGCCGUCCGACUCCCGAAGACUCCCAGAUUCAGAGAGUUGAAAAUUGUCCUGAUGCUACAUCUCCUGGACGUAGCCGAGGGAAAAUAGUUCCCAAAAGUGUCUCCACUACUGGUUGUGAGCGGAAACCAUCAUCUCCUGGUUAUUGUCAAGAUGAAACUGAACCAAGCACUUGCCCUGACCCUGGAUUGCCACUUGCCAAGAUUCAGAGAUCAAAGUCACGUCAAAAAGCUUUGGAGCUUCGUAGCAGUGCCAAAGCUUCGAAAAGCCGUUCAAGCUGUAGAAAUGAGCUCAAACCUUCUCCCCUUGGAAAUAUAGGCGUUGAGAUUGCUUCUUUAAGGUCCGAAAGUGUUGGUGAGAUAAAGUUAAUUAAGCAUGAUGAGAAUGAUGAAGGGUUGGGAGACCAAGUAGAGAACAAUAAUUCUCAAGGUGUAGGAGGGGAUCAGUGUAUUGAGUUUAGGUCAACUACAGAGUCUUCUACCCCACAUCAGAAAGGGGAUUCGUUGCAAAAUUCUUCCAGAGGGAACACCUGUGCUUCUAUUGUACCAGAAUCUCCACACCAGUCUGGUAAUGUGAACGAAAUGAAUAUCUUACAGAGCACUGAGACAGUUGAUGAAGUGCCUGCCAUAGUAGAAGAAGAAGUAGAUGAUCCCCAAAGCAGAAGUUGCAAUGAAACAGCAUGUGCCGAUGGAGGUAGAAGAUCUAAAAGCUCGAGUCAAGAUGGUUCCAAGAGGGAACAUCAAAAGUCAGGCAACUUCUUUUCUGGUGACUUUCCGUCAAGAAGUUCAAAUCCCUCUCCGAGGGCAGAUCAUGAAGUAGAAUUAACCCAGGUAAUACCUAUCACGAAUGAAGUUUCUAUGGUGGCAAAUGCUGGAACGAACGUCUUUCAGUCUGAAAUCGAUGCAAGAUCCAGAAGCAGUGCUCGAGGAAAUGGAUCUAAGACCAAACAUUCAGGCUGUGUUGAGUCUUCUGCUACUGACGUGGAGCCAAGUCAUUCACUUUCAUUACUGCAAGGAGGCGAUAUAAAGGAGUCACUGAUUCCCGCUACUAUUGAUGUUGAGGGUUUAGUAGUUGAAAACACAGCCAGCGAAGUAGAGGGUGAAUGUGUUGACACUAACAGAUGUUCGAGUGCUGGAAGGGUAAGCCAAACUGGCAUCUCCACAGAUGAUACGACAUUUGCGGAUGCAAACCAAGACUCUAUAUCCAAGGCCGAGGUUUUGGGCUUUGUUGAGUCCUCCGCAGUUGAACUUCAGUCGAGAGAUUCAGUAAUGCAAUGUGUAUCAGACGAUGAAAGUGUAUUGUUGAAGCCUGUUGCUGUUACUGGUGAAGCUUUAUUAGUGGAGAAAGAUAACAAUGGCGAAUCAGUUGAAAUUAGUAGUAUUUCAAAAUCUGGAAGUUUAAGCCAAAAUGACUUCCCAAUAGUUGAGCCAGUGGUGGUUGAAUCUGUUCUUCAGGUAAGCAGUUCCCCAGAAGACUUGAUUGACCAUUCUAAAAGCUGUGAUAUUAGUUGUCGGUCCAAGGAAGUGCAGCCACUGGGGUCACUGACCAAAUCGGGGAGUAACCAAUGCCAUGAAGGAAUGAGUAGGCCAAGUAUAGAAGAGGAAUCAGCAAAUAGAUAUAAGGCUCUUUCCGUUGGCUCUGGUCAUAAAUCGGCUGACCAACAGCUUGAAGUUAAAGCAGGAAAUUCAUCACUGAGAACCCAUGAUCUCCCUGCUUUUGUGAUGCCUGAAUCACCCCAUUUUGAUGAUAACGAUUUAUGCAACUUUGAUGAGAUUCCAAUGAACAGUCGAGAAAAAUCUACUACAGAGAAGAAGGUGCCAACACCAGCAUCCGUGGCUAGGGUGUUAGAUGUUCCAUCUCUCACUGAUUGUGAAGUAAAUCUCUCGGCAGACAAUGAAAUGAAUGACAUUGAGGAUCAUAAUGGCUUAAAGGAAGUAAUGGUACCAGAAACAGAAUCACCUGCAAGCCACACUGACUUUAAAGUGGAAGAGAGUGAACCUCCAGAGCCAAUUACAUUCACUGGUCACAUUGAUGGAUCGACAAAGAGACCUCAACAUGAAACAUCCUCUGACAAAGGUGUUUCCACAAUUAAGAGAAAUUUAGCAUGUACAGAAUCUCAUGGUCCUGAGAUUUCUAUCCAGGAACUUUUCUGCUCCAAUUCCUCCAUGGAGGGUUCCCAGCUGCAGAAUAAGCGGAGAAGAAUCCUGAACAAACUAACUAGUAGAACGCCUUCGCCAAGCCCAGGGGGAGUCGUUCUCGAUUCAGGUUCUGUUGGGGAAACAAUCCAUCAUAUGGAGAAAGGUGCAUGUCACAACCUAGAUAACUAUGAUGUUGAGUUACAAAAGAUGAUUGGGUCUGCAUCGUCAAAUCGCUAUGAUGUUGAGUUACAAAAGAUGAUUGGAUCUGCAUCGUCUAAUGACUAUGCUGUUGAGCUACAAAAGAUGAUUGGAUCUUCAUCUCCAGUUGAGUUACGAUUGGAAGAGGGUUACCUAUUCAAGGAAACUGGAUUGAUCAGUCCUGCCUCGCUUUCCUUCAGACCAGAGCAGCUAAGUGUACAGAGGAGUCAUAUUGCUCUAAAUCAGGGAUUUGAAACAAAAAAUAUGGAGUUUUUGCCAUUUGCUGGAGAAACCUCUCAUCCAUUAGCUAGUUGUGCUGUCCGGGAUUCAGAUGGUUCUCCUUGUUUACCACCCUUGGGUUUGAUAGGCUCGGACGAUGGAAGCCCGCCUCUUCUGGAAGGAUUUAUAGUCCAAACAGAUGAUGAAAACCAAAGCGGUUCCAGAAGCCGGAUAAAACAUGACAGCUUCCAACUUCCAAGAACUGCAGCAGAAAGUGCAACCGUGAAAGAGCAGAUUUGCAAGUCUAUUUGCAGGACCACUCCGUCAUUACAUCUGGCUAAACCAUUUAAGUUCAAUGAAAAACUGGACUUGGAUCAGUCCGUUUCAUCUGAGCUGCUUGAUGGCAUGUUCUUCAGUCAAAAUCUGGAGGGUAGCUCAGUCUUUGAUAACUUGGGAAUUAGUUAUGAUUAUACAGGAAGUUCGUACACUGACAGUCUGCCUUUUUCUGGUGCUGGUUCAUCUGCUGAUGUUAGGAAUCCUCGAGGGUCUCCAACUGAGAAGUGUUGGUAUAGGAGUUUGCAAAAGUCUUCCAGUUCAGAGAAGCGGGGAAGUCAGACACCAGACCUACCUUGCAUUAACGAAGAGAACGAGAACGUAGAUGAGGAGGCUGAAAACUUAUGUGCCAACACUCCAAUGCCUAUGAACUCAGAGAAGAGAGGAAGUUCAGUUCUGGACCUUCCUUGCAUAGCUGAAGAGAAUGAAAACAUAGAUGAGAUACCCGAACCUGUCAAUGAAGCAUCUGAUUCCGAAGAUGAGAAUGUCUCUGCUGAAAGGAAACCUCUUGGCGAUGCUACUGAACCCCCAAUGAAAUUUUUUCCAUCUGUCUCUAAAGCCAAGAUGCCUGUUGAUAGACAGAGUAUAGAUUCUGUCGGUACUGCAUUCAGCUUUUCUGCUACGUGCAACAACAGUGUCAAAAGUAAAAUGGGAAGGCAGACUGGUGGUAGCCGAAGAUUCACGGGUAAAGGUAAAGAGAACCAAAGUAGAACAGGUGCUGGAAGAAAUGUUAAACCUCCUAGUAGCAGAAUCAGUAAGGCUAAGUUGUCUUGCAACUCGAGUUUGACAACUAUCCCGGGAUUAUUAGAAAAGGAACCUAGGCACAACAACAUUGUUUCCAACAUCACUUCGUUUGUUCCGCUUGUGCAGCAGCAAAAACCAGCAGCUCCACUAUUUACAGGCAAGAGGGAUGUCAAAGUAAAGGCUUUGGAGGCUGCUGAGGCUUCUAGAAGGAUUGCUGAACAGAAAGAGAUUGAUCGUAAGAUGAAGAAGGAAGCUAUGAAGCUUGAGCGGGCAAGGCAAGAACAAGAAAAUCUGAGAAAGCAGGAGAUGGAGAAGAAAAAGAAAGAAGAAGAUCGAAAGAAAAAGGAGGCGGAAUUGGCUUGGAAGCAGGAGAUGGAAAGGAAAAAGAAAGAAGAAGAGCAGAAGAGAAAGGAGUUUGAAAUGGCGGAUAGGAAGAGACAGAGGGAAGAAGAAGACAAAAGGUUGAAAGAAGCUAAGAGACAACGCAUUGCGGAUAUUCAGAGACAGCAAAGAGAGGCUGAUCAGAAAAUACAAGCUGAAAUGGCGGAUAAGAAGAGGCAGAGGGCAGAGAUUCAGAGACAACAAAGAGAGGCUGAUCAGAAACUACAAGCCGAAAAAGAAUCGAAAAGACAGGCUGUGGAGGCGAGGAUCAAAGCACUCAAGGAACUUAAAGAAGAACAAAUCAAUGCUGAGAAAACCCGAGCACAGGCGAAUACUGGGAUUCGUGAAGUGAGAUCAAAGAGUAAUUCCAGUGAUGAUACCAAUGCUUCAAGAACCUCUAGAGAUGAUGAUUUCAAGGUAAUAAGCAAUCCAGGGAAAAUGUCUGAAGAGUCUUACGACAUCUCUCCAUACAAAUGCUCAGACGACGAAAAUGAAGAGGAAGACGACUAUGACGACAUGUCAAACCACAAAUUCGUUCCUUCUUGGGCCAGCAAGAGCAAUAUUCUUCGCACUGUCAUGUCCCAACAACAACGUGAUCCCAAGUUGACCUUCCCUAAGAAAAGCUUCCGCGAUAUAACCCUAGUUCUUUUGCCUCGAAAGUUUCGACAGCAAUAG